UUACAUCACGAUGCGGAGAAGACCCGAGAGGAGAUACUGUCUCUGAUCGCACACCACGUUACUGCUGUGAAUUACAUCUAUAGAGACACUAGGUUUGAUGGUAGAAUCAAGCACAGAAAUAUUAAAUUCGAAGUGCAACGGAUAAAGAUCGAUGACGACACAGCGUGCACACCUCAACAAACGUACGGAGAACCAAAUCCGUUCUGCAUGGAAAACAUUGACGUUAGCAACUUUUUAAAUUUGCAUUCGCUCGGCAACCACGAAGAUUUUUGCCUCGCUUAUGUGUUCACUUAUAGAGAUUUUACUGGCGGUACACUCGGCCUUGCUUGGGUAGCAUCCGCAUCGGGCGCAUCCGGUGGUAUUUGCGAAAGAUACAAAACAUACACAGAAACUGUGGGAGGGAUGUAUCAAUCCACCAAAAGAUCCUUAAAUACCGGGAUCAUUACUUUUGUUAAUUACAAUAGCAGAGUACCUCCGAAAGUGUCACAGCUGACGUUGGCCCAUGAAAUAGGACAUAAUUUUGGAUCACCUCACGAUUUUCCACCGGAAUGUAGACCCGGUGGAUUGCACGGAAAUUACAUUAUGUUUGCGUCAGCGACGAGUGGAGAUCGACCGAAUAAUAGUAAAUUUUCGAAAUGCAGUAUUGGCAAUAUCAGCAACGUCUUAGAUGCUAUAGAAGACAACAAGAAAAGAAAUUGUUUUACUGCUUCUGCUGGUGCAUUCUGCGGCAAUAAGAUCGUCGAAGCUGGAGAGGAAUGCGACUGUGGAUAUGAUGACGAUGAGUGCGUGGACAGGUGUUGCUAUCCAAGGCAGGUAUCGGAGUUGGACAAGAUAAAGAAUGAGACGGCGAAAGGUUGUACCAGAAAGUCCGGAACACAGUGCAGUCCUAGUCAAGGGCCAUGUUGCUCCAGCGAAUCGUGUCAAUUCGUCCCUUUCUCUAAAAAUGUUCAAUGUAAGGCUGAAUCGGAUUGUAGUUACAAUUCAACUUGUAACGGACGGUCCUCCGAGUGUCCUCCACCGUUGCCAAGAGCUAACAAAACUAGAUGUAACGAAGGAACUCAGUUGUGUAUCAAUGGCGAGUGUACGGGAUCGAUUUGCCUCGAAUGGAAUCUAACUGAGUGCUUUUUGACUAGCAACGUAAUUCCAAAUAUCGAUAAACGUAAAUUAUGUGAAUUAGCUUGCCAAAAUGGAACUGAUCCAUCGACUUGCCGUAGUACCAGCGAAUUUGCACACGUUGUUGGUCUGCCUGAAGGUGGAAUUAGCCUUCGACCUGGAUCACCUUGUGAUAACUUUCAAGGAUAUUGUGAUGUAUUUUUGAAGUGUCGAGCGGUUGACGCGGAAGGACCAUUAGCCAGAUUAAAAAAUCUUUUAUUCAAUAAGGACACAUUGCGUACAGUAGCACAAUGGAUAACUGAAUUCUGGUGGGCAGUAUUGUUAAUGGGAAUAGCCUUUAUUAUUUUCAUGGGCUUAUUCAUCAAGUGCUGUGCCGUUCAUACUCCUUCGAGUAAUCCUAAGAAACCACCAGCCAGACGUAUUAGCGAUACUUUAAGAAGACCGAUGAAUACUCUGAGAAGAAUGCGACAUCCACAUGGUGGAGGUGGGGCCGGUCCCAGAAGUAUACCUCCCAGACAAAGUCAAGGAGGCCAUGGUGCUACUCGCGGUCCCUCUCAUGGUUAUGGAGAGGGUAGAGGUGCUCAGUAUUAUCCAAAAGGCUAUCGCUCGGUUCCCACAGCUAGUGCGCCACCCGGUAACAGCGCAGCACCCAACUACGGCCGGUCCAACCACCCAGAACUGUACGCCGGUGCCUAUUCGGGCUCCGGGGGAGGCGGGCGGUCCUCAGCCUACGAGAUGAGGCAUCACAACAAGGUGUGA